AUGCUUUCUGCCAAACUCGUAUUCGCUUCCCUCUUUGCCUUUGUGGCCUCAGCCUUUGCCGCUGAACUUGACUUGAGGACUCUCAAGGAAACUGGUCAUAAUGAUCUUGGUUUGUUCACUGUUGUAGAAGGUCGUCAUAGUUUGAAGCUUGGAUGGUUCAAGCCAUUGGUUGGCAAGGAAGUCCAAAAGGUUCGCUGUGGUACUCAUGAACUCUGGAGCACAGCCGAGAAGGAACACGAGCUUCACGAACUUCUUGUUCUCUCCAAGUGCAAGGAGGCUGCUUUCGCUGUCGUCUCUGAGUUAACUGCUAUAGGAGGUUUGGCUCAUCACUACCUCGAGCUUGACCCAGUGGCUGGUACUCUUAGGAAAAAGUAUGAUGGCGGCAAUACAGAGGAGUUCCAGGGCUUUGUUAAGGCGGUCUUGCUCGCUCUCCGCAAUGUUGGCGCUGUUGAGGCUCUCCAGAAGCCAUAUCCAGCUGUUGCCGCUCACUUCUUCUUCCGUCACUUGAGAUUGGCUGGAGAGAGGGCUGCCGCUCAAGCCGGACACAAGCCAGAACUCAUGCAGUAA